AUGCGGCGCUCACUCGACGGCUCGUCUGUGCUCUCCAGCGACGACCUCUCCGACUACGACGUGAUCUCCGACGGCCACCAGUCGCUCGAGUCCAGCAUCGCCGACCUCAGUCACGUGGGCACCGACGGCGCCGACAUCCGCGAGCCCAGUCCGUCCCGCCCGGCGAGGGACCGCUUUGACACGGUCGGCCUCUCGCCCGCCGAUAUCCAGGCGUACGUGCGGCGAGCGCUCCCGCCGGACGCGGGCGCGCGAUACGCAGCGGAUGCGGACUCGCGGACGGUGAGGGUGUACGUCGACGGGGUGUUUGACCCGUUCCAGGCCAGAGAUGCGCUGCAGCUGCGGCAGGCAAAGCUGGCGUUCCCCUCGGUGUGCCUCCUGGUGGGCGUGUUCGCGGACGAGCUCUGCGAGGCGCACCGGACGCCGAUCAUCUGGGCGCACGUCGACCGGUGCGAGGUCCUGCGGCACUGCCGCUGGGUGGACGAGGUCGUCCCUGAUGCACCGUGGACGCUGGACGAGAAGUUCCUGCGUGCGAAGCGGAUCGACUACGUGGCGGUCGACGAGGGGUCGUCGGUGAAUCCGGCGUGCGACAAGGAGCGGCUCAAGGGCUACGACCUCGUCAAGAGUCUGCGGAGGGCGAUUCCAACGCGGCGGACGAAUGUGCUGACGUCGAUCGACACGAGGGGCCUCUCGCUGUUCGUGGAGUCGACAAAGGGGACCAUCCGAGGGGCGCCGCCGCAAGUUGCACCCGCGCGGCCAUCGGCGAGGAUUUCGGGGGACGACGAUGUGAGUCCGUUCGAGGAGCCCAAGGUGGACGAGUUUGGAAUCGGAAUUGGAGUAUGA